AUGGCCCUGUGCAUGAAAACAAGGAUCAUUUUGAGAAAAGUUAAAGAUUUAAGGUGUUUUACGGCCAAACGGAACAGAGUCAAAGAGAAAUGGGCUGCGACACGUCCCAAGUUCCCGGCCACGCGCCUGGCCCUACAGCACAUGGACAGCGGGUACGGGUCCCAGCUGGGCGCCCUGUGGCCCUCGGUGCGAGUGGCUCUGCUCUGUGAGAGGAAGUACGGAGCUCUGGUCAACACAUACUCUCACCACGACGUCAUCGCGGAGCUGCAGGGACAGGGCUGCUCCGACUUCAUCUCCAGCACCGCGCCACCAGAGACUGAACCAGCAGAUGUGGCCCCUGCCUCAGACCUGGCCCCCGCCUCAGACCUGGCUCCCGCCUCAGACCUGGCUCCCGCCUCAGACCUGGCCCCCGCCUCAGACCAUUCCUCUGGACAAGAGACAAACAUCAAGUGCUUUGUGUUUCCUCCUGGAGACAUCAGCAGAUUCAAACCAGCUCGGCCGGACUCUGGAGGUCUGCUGGGGUACUACCUGCUGGACGCGGCCUCGGUCCUGCCCUGCCUGGCUCUGGACGUGAGGGAGGGCCACACGGUUCUGGACCUGUGCGCGGCACCUGGAGGAAAAGCUCUGGCACUGCUGCAGACAUACGGACUCGGCUUCCUGUGUCUGAACGACUCGUCUGCGUCUCGGACCUCGCGCCUGCGGAGGGUUCUCCACAGCUACGUCCCCAAAACCCUGAUCUCGGACCAGACACUGCGGAUCAGCUGCUUGGACGGCACCAUGUGGGGGCAGGUGGAGCCGGGAACCUUCGACCGAGUGCUGGUGGACGCCCCGUGUACCACAGACAGACACUCGGUCACAGACGACGAAAACAACAUCUUCAGCAAGAGCCGCACCGGAGAAAGGAGGCGGCUCCCACAGCUACAGACGGAGCUGCUGCUGUGA